AUGUUUGAUAAAUUGUCCUGUAUACUGUGCUUGGAAAACCGUAGUCUUUUCAGUGACCAAAUAAAUAUAGAUUCUGAAGAGCUGCAAUCUGUGAAAGUCCGUGAAAUUAUCGAAAAGCAUUUCAAGGAAGAGCUAAGCAUGUUGGCAUAUUUUUCUACGAAAGUUGUAUGCAAUCAAUGUUGGGAAUUUGUACAAUCUUUUCAUGAAUUCUAUGUGCGUGUGCAGAACGCACACUUGGCAGCAAGUAACACUCUGAAAUCAUUACAAGAGCUAGAGAUAACUGAUACAGAUAUAAAAGUAGAGCCUGAUGCAAUAGACGAGUUAGCAUCACCUCCAAAACGUCGUCGUGGCCGUCCUCGUCGACAAACGACGACAGAGGAUUCUUUACAUACAUUCCCAUAUAACAACAAUAGCAAAGAUAACCAGCAAGAUAAAAAUAUAGAAAAAGUAGAUAUUAAAAGUGAAAUAUUGCCAGAGGAAACGCCAGACGGAACUUAUUCUUCGAAAUUAUCUGAUGACGAAAAUGAAUUAGGAAGUCCAACACUUUCAAGUCCUAACGACCCUCAAGAUGUAGUGCAUUCUUUAACACCGAAAAAGAAGGUUCGUACUAAAAAACGGUUAAAAAGAAAACGAAGUGAGCAAAAGAGAGAGCCAAAACAAAAAAAUAAACCACGGCAUAAAACAUCGGACUAUGAUGAAUACAUUGCUCAACAUUUUAAGUUAGAAUGCUUUCUUUGUCAAGAAUCUCUAACAGAUUUUAGAGAAGUAAAAAUUCAUUAUCGGGAACAGCAUCAAACAGAUGGAUAUGUAAAAUGUUGUGGAAAGAAGUUUCUUAAACGAGGUCUACUCGUUGACCAUAUCCACUUUCAUAACGACCCCGAAUACUUCAAAUGUCAGCAUUGCGACAAAUUGAUGUCCGACUAUCGAGGGCUCGAAACGCAUAUUAAAAUUUUCCAUAGCUCAAGAGAACAUAUUUAUCAUUGUGACAUUUGUUCUAAACGAUUCUUUCGCCGUGAAGUCCUUGCUCGGCAUUCUUUAAUACAUGCUUCAGAUGAACAAAAGAUUGUUAAGUGUACGCAAUGUGAGAAAACAUUCCGUAAUGAACACAAUAUGAGACAGCAUUUAAAGAUGAUCCAUCUACAUUUGGAUGACAAAAUAUGUGAUAUUUGUGGAAAAUCUUUUCACAGCGGCCAAGCAUUUCGCCGACACCAGGAAGAACAUUCUGAUUUACCGAGAUCUCUGAUUAAAUGCGAAUUAUGUGAUGCUGAACUUACCACAAAGUACGGUUUGGCCCGUCACAUGAAAGUAAUGCACACGGAGGAGUAUCAAACACCUCAGGUCUGUCCCAUUUGCUCAAAAGUGUCACCAACCCUUCCAGCGCAUCAAACACAUUUUAAAUAUAUGCACGCCACAGAAAAAAAACAUGUCUGCAAACUUUGUGACAAAGCCUUUAAAAGAUCGAAGGACUUACGAGAGCACAUGACGACACAUACUGGUGAAGUUUUGUAUACAUGUGCAUUUUGUCCACAAACGUUUAACUCUAACGCAAAUAUGUACGCUCAUCGUAAGCGGAAACACCCAAAGGAAUGGGCAGAAAAAUGUGCGAAGAAAAGAAGUUCCACUGGAAUUGGACAACUAAUCCAAAAAGAUUUGGAAUCUUUAAUAGAAUCGUCGGGUGCAGAAGAACCAAAACUACAAAUUCGAAAGAUGUUUGAUAAAUUGUCCUGUAUACUGUGCUUGGAAAAAUGUAGUCCUUUCAGUGGCGAAAUAAAUAUAGAUUCUGAAGAGCUGCAAUCUGUGAAAGUCAGUGAAAUUAUCGAAAAGCAUUUCAAGGAAGAGCUGAGCAUGUUGGCAUACAUUUCAACGAAAGUUGUAUGUAAUCAGUGUUGGGAAUUGGUCCAAUCUUUUCAUGAAUUCUAUGUGCGUGUGCAGAACGCACACUUGGCAGCAAGUAACACUCAGAAAUCAUUACAAGAGCUAGAGAUAACCGAUACAGAAAUAAAAGUAGAGCCUGAUGCAAGAGACGAGUUAGCAUCACCUCCAAAACGUCGUCGUGGCCGACCUCGUCGUCAAAAAGUGACUGAGAAUUCUUUAGAGUGUCUGCCGAUUGCCUUAAAAGAAUGCAGUGUUAGAAUUGAGCAACUGACAUUUCCAAAUAGCAAUAAUAUUCAAGAUAACCAGCAAGAUAAAAAUAUAGAAGAAGUAGAUAUUAAAAGUGAAAUAUUGCCAGAGGAAACGGCAGACGGAACUUAUUCUUCGAAAUUAUCUGAUGACGGAAAUGAAUUAGGAAGUCCAACACCUCCAAGCCCUAACGACAUCUUCAUGGUGCGUUCUUUACAGUUGAAAAAGAAGAUUGGUAUUUAUUCACUGUACGGAAUGUUUUACGAGCAAUCGUGUUUAUUGUGCUUGGAAAAAACCAGCGCAACUGAUGGUCGAAUAAAUAUUGAUUCUGAUGAUCCGCAAUCAGUAAAGAUUCAUGAGGCAAUUAAACAACAUUUUAGAGAAGAGCUCAGUAUGAUACCUUUUUUAACAACCAAAGUCGUGUGUAACCAAUGCUGGGAAUUGGUACAAUCUUUUGAUGAAUUUUAUGUUCGUGUACAGAAGGCGCACUUAGCAGCGAGCGACAAACUUAAAUUUUUGCAAGAGAUGGAGAUAGAAGUAAAAGAAAUUAAAGUGGAAACGAACACGUUAGAGGAGUUUAUUUCUCUUCCAAAUCGUCGAAGUAAACACUCACGCGGUCUGGAAACUGUUGAGAAAAAUGUGGAGUACAAGUCAAUUGUUACACAGGAAAACGGAUAUAACACUGAACAGGAUCAGGAUGUAAAUGAAGAAAAUCUUGUUAUAAAGUGUGAAGUUAUACAAGAUGAUACAUUAGAUGCAAAAAUUUCACCGCAGAUUUUAGAAGAUGAGAGUGAAUCACGGAGCUCAGUAUCAGAAGACGUUAAAAAGCAUGAAGAAGAGAAGGCAUUGCAACGUGCCCCACAUAAAAUAUUGCGGGCUAAAGGAAGGCCAAGAAAAAAACGGGCAAAAGAAAAGAGAGAAACAAAGCAACAAAAUAAAAAGCGACAUAAAACUACGGGCUAUGAUGAAUUUAUUGCACAAAAUUUUACAUUAAUCUGCUUUCUUUGUCAAAAGUCUCUAACAGACUUUAAGGAAUUAAAAAGUCAUUUUCGCAAGCACCACCAAACAAUUGGAUAUGUAAUGUGUUGUGGCAAGAAAUUACUUAACCGAGGUGUGCUUGUUGAUCAUAUCAAUGUUCACAACAACCCAGAAUAUUUCAAAUGUCAACACUGCGAGAAGGUAUUAUGUGAUCGAAAUGGUCUCGAAAAGCAUUUGCAGUAUUUUCAUGGAUCCAGAGAACGUACUUAUCAUUGCACUAUUUGCUCCAAAAGCUUUUUCAGCAGUAAAGUUCUAGCUCGACAUUGUCUAAUACAUGCACCAGACGAACAGAAAAAUAUUAAGUGCACACAAUGCGAUAAAGCAUUCAGUAAUAAGUACAGCAUGAAACAACACUUAGCGCUUGUUCAUCUAAAUUUAUAUGCGAAGAUAUGUGAUAUUUGUGGCAAGGCUUUAAACGGAAAUGAAGCAUUUCGACGGCAUCAGGAGGAACAUGCUGGUAUACCCGCGUCCUCUGUGAAGUGUAAUUUAUGUAAUGCAGAGCUUAAGACAAAAUACGGAUUGGCGCGGCACAUGAAAACUAUGCAUACCGAGAAGUAUCAAACUCCCCAAGUCUGUCCAUUUUGCUCUAAAUUAUCUCCAACUCUAAUGGCACAUAGAAGCCAUAUUGAGUAUAUGCACCUCAAUAAAAAAAAGCAUGCCUGCAAGCUUUGUGACAAAGCAUUCAAAUCGCCAAAAAGCCUACAAGAACAUAUGACAACACAUACAGGAGAAGUUUUCUGUACUUGCACAUUUUGUCCCCAAACGUUCAAUUCUAAAUCGAACAUGUACACUCAUCGUAAACGAAAGCAUCCAAAAGAAUGGGCAGAAAAAUGUGCAAAAAAAAGAAAUUCCACUGGAAUUGGGCAAAAUAUUCAAAAAGAUGUGACACCCAUGAUAGAGCUGUCUGAUGCAAGCAAAGCACAUGUUUAAUGAUAUAAAUUAGGAAAUAGUAAUUACUGAAGUUGGCAAAAUAAAUAAAUUAUUUGAAUCCGUUUCCAUACAUAAAAUGUGAUCGCGAAAUAUCUUUAACCAUUGGAAAUUAUAGC